AUGGAGGAUUCGGGCAUCCAGCGAGGCAUCUGGGACGGGGAUGCCAAGACUGUCCAGCAGUGUCUGACAGAUAUUUUCACCAGCGUUUACACCACCUGCGACAUUCCCGAGAACGCUAUAUUCGGUCCCUGCGUCCUGAGCCAUACUUCCCUGUAUGACAGCAUAGCUUUCAUAGCUCUCAAGUCCACCGACAAAAGAACAGUUCCUUACAUCUUCCGGGUAGACACCUCCGCGGCAAGUGGUUCCUCAGAAGGUCUCAUGUGGCUGCGUCUGGUCCAAUCAGCCAGAGAUAAAGAGGAGCAGAACCUGGAGGCCUAUAUAAAAAACGGACAGCUGUUUUACCGCUCUCUCCGCAGGAUUGCCAAAGACGAGGAGUUACUAGUUUGGUACGGGAAAGAACUGACUGAGUUACUCUUGCUCUGCCCCUCUAGACCCCACAGCAAAAUGAAUGCAGGGUCGCCCCCUUACACAUGCUUGGAGUGCAGCCAGCGUUUUCAGUUUGAAUUUCCCUACGUGGCGCACCUGCGCUUCCGCUGCCCCAAGAGACUCCCCAGCGCGGACAGGAGCCCCCACGACGAGCAAGGCGGCGGCGGCAUGGGCACCAAGGACCACGGGGGCGGCGGCGGCAAGGACCAGCAGCAGCGGCAGCCGCAGGAGGCCUCGCCCUUGGGCCCGGGUCCCAAGUUCUGCAAAGCCGGCCCCAUCCACCACUACCCGGCCCCCUCCCCCGAGGGCAGCAACCCUCCCGCGGCUGGCGGCGGCGGCACCACCAAGCCCUCCACGGACUUCCACAACCUGGCCCGGGAGCUGGAGAACUCGGGGGGCGGCGGUAGCUGCUCCCCGGGCCAGAGCCUGGGCGGCGGCGGCGGCGGCGGCCACCAGGAGGCGGAGCUGAGUCCCGACGGCCCCGCCGCGGGCCCGGGCAAAGGGAAGAGGAAAUUCCCCCCGGAGGACGCGGCCGAGGGCGGCGGCGGCGGCGGCGGCGCGGGGCUGGUGGGGGCCCGCGGCCGGCUCCCCGAGCGCCCCCCGCCCGCCUCCAAGGAGGACCUGGUGUGCACGCCGCAGCAGUACCGCGCCGCGGGCAGCUACUUCGGCCUGGAGGACACCGGCCGCCUGUUCGCACCGCCCAGCCCCGAGACGGGCGAGGCCAAGCGCAGCGCCUUCGUGGAGGUGAAGAUGAAGAAGGCGGCCCGCGCGGCGGGGCUGCAGGAGGAGGCGGCGGCGGACGGCGGGGACGACCAGGAUGCGGGCAGCGGCGGCUCCUCCACGCCCGUGGCCAGCUCACCGGCCGCCGGUGCGGAGAAGCUGCUGGCCCCGCGGCCCGGGGGCCCGCUGCCCGGCCGGUUGGAGGGCGGCAGCCCGGCGCGGGGCAGCGCCUUCACCUCGGUGCCGCAGCUGGGGGGCGCCGGCGGCGCGGGGGGCGCGGGCGCGGGGGGCGCGGGCGGCCCGGGCGCGGCGUCGGACGAGCGCAAAAGUGCCUUCUCGCAGCCCGCGCGCUCCUUCGCGCCGCUGUCGCCGCUGGUGCUGGGCCAGAAGCUGGGCGCGCUGGAGCCCUGCCACCCCGGCGACGCCGUGGGCCCCGCCAGACUCUACCCCGCCGCCAGCGACCCCCUGGCGGCCGUGAAGCUGCAGGGCGCCGCCGAGCUGAGCGCGGGCGCGUGCGCGGCCCUGCCCGGCGGCGGCGGCGGCGGCGGCGGCGGCGGCCUCCCCCCCAAGCAGAGCCCCUUCCUCUACGCCACCGCCUUCUGGCCCAAGAGCGCGGCGGCCUCGGCGGCUGGGCCCCUGCAGCUGCAGCUGCCGUCGGCGCUCACGCUGCUGCCGCCCUCCUUCACGUCGCUGUGCCUGCCCGCGCAGAACUGGUGCGCCAAGUGCAACGCCUCCUUCCGCAUGACCUCCGAUCUGGUGUACCACAUGCGGUCGCACCACAAGAAGGAGUACGCCAUGGAGCCCCUGGUGAAGCGCAGGCGGGAGGAGAAGCUCAAGUGCCCCAUCUGCAACGAGUCCUUCAGGGAGCGCCACCACCUGUCCAGGCACAUGACUUCCCACAACUGA